AUGGCAGAACAAUCACGCGCGGGGCGCGUCGUUGCCCGCUCGCUGGAUGAACUGGGUCUUCUCACAAUGUGGCGGUCGCCCCGCGACGUCAAGUUCCUCUGCGCUCAGCGCUUCGUCCGCCUGUUCGCGUACGGCGGCUCGACUCUGAUUCUCGCGUCGUAUCUGUCCGCCAUUGGUAUCUCCGAUGACCGGAUCGGUCUUUUCAUGACACUCACUCUGGUCGGAGAUGUUGUGAUCAGUUUCUUCUUGACUCUUUUCGCUGAUGCGAUGGGUCGCAAGGCUGUCCUUUCGUUAGGAUCGCUGUUGAUGGCUGCGAGUGGUAUUGUGUUUGCGUUGACGGGGAAUUAUUGGAUUCUUUUGGCUGCCGCUGUCUUUGGUGUUAUUAGUCCUAGUGGUAAUGAAAUCGGACCCUUCCGUGCUGUGGAGGAGUCGACUUUGGCCCAUUUGACCGCGCAUGAGAAGUUGAGCGAUGUUUUCGCCUGGUAUUCGCUGGUCGGUACCGCCGGUACCGCGCUCGGUCAGCUUGUCUGCGGAUGGAUUAUCAGUUCGCUGCAGGCUUUGCAUGGAUGGGAGUUUAUCCCCGCUUGUCGGAUGGUCUUCUUUAUCUAUGCGGGUGUCGGGGUGGUCAAGUUUAUUCUGACGCUGGGUCUGACUCGCAAUGUGGAGGCUGAGAAGGAAGAGGCGCCGGAGCAGCAGAAUGGGGAGACCCGUCCGCUCUUGGCCGAUUCCAACGCUGCCGAGCAAGAGGCUCCCAAGAAAAAGUCGCUUUGGUCCACGAUCGAGGGAGACCUGUGGGGUUUGGUUAUCCGAUUGUUCAUUCUGUUCGGACUGGACGCGUUUGCUUCUGGAUUGGCAUCCCUGUCAUGGAUGACAUACUUCUUCCACCAAAAGUUCAACCUGCCCGAGGGCGAGCUGGGCACUAUCUUCUUCUUCACCAGCAGUAUUUCCGCGGCCUCUAUGCUCGUCGCGACUUCAAUUGCCAGGCGCAUCGGAAAUGUCAAGACUAUGGUCUUCACUCACCUGCCAUCGGCUAUCUGCCUUGCCUUGAUCUCAGUGCCCAAUAAUCUUCCGCUCGCACUGACCUUCCUUGUUCUGCGCGCCUGUUCGCAAAGUAUGGAUGUGGCUCCGCGGGGGGCCUUCCUCGCUGCGGCCCUGCCAUCGGAUAAGCGGACGGCCAUCAUGGGCGCGGUCAACGUGGUCAAAACCACGACCCAAAGUCUCGGUCCCCUGAUUACGGGCAUUCUGUCCCGGAACCACAUGUUCGGUGUCUCCUUCAUGUUGGCCGGUUGCUUGAAGGUUGUUUACGACCUCGGCAUGUUAUUCACCUUUGCCCCCAAGGAAGCCGAGCAACGGCGCAAGCGAGCUGCGGAGAAUGACGAGGAGACUCAGUAG